GGCUUUCAACCACCUGGCAAGACAGUGACACUUUAAAUGCAAGUUCUCCUAAAUUAAAUUAUUUCAAACUAUUGGGAAUUGCAAAGUAAAGCUUCCCAGUACCCUGUUGAGUUUAUUUAGCAUAUGUUCGGAGAUACUCGGCAACUGCCAAAAGGCUGUGCCGCACUCCUCUCCUUCGAAGCUACUUUACGCCAUUCCCGUUCCACCCCAUUAACAAUUUUUGUCAAGUCUCAUACUAUCGAUUUCUGAAUUUAAAAAUGGUUAACUCUGUUCCCAUUGAGGACAGUGGUCUCUCUGCACGUUCGCGCCCUAAGGUAGCAGCAUUUAUACCGGUGCUAAAAAAUGUUGACAAGAACUUUGCGGUUGGGUCAGAAAUUGAUGUGGAUAUGGCCAUUGGCGAGAAUUGGCUUAUCCGACAGCCAUUGAUUGGCAUAUUCAAAAAGGCUCUUAAAGAUAUCGCCGAGAAGGAUCUCAACUAUCCUCUUGGAGUAGGUGGACCUGCUCAAGUACUUGCUGCUUUCGCCUCGUUCUUCAACCAGUUUUUUUCUCCGUCCAUUCCAAUCGAGCCAGAUCAUGUAGUUACUUUCUCCGGUGCAAGUACAUGCCUGGAUGGCUUGCUCUAUGCAAUCUGUGAUGAAGGGGAUAGCAUUAUCCUACCGUCACCUUUUUGGGCCGGCUAUGUUCCAUUUACCAAGUUUCGCGUCGAUGUCAAUAUUGUCACCACGACAGAUAUUCCAUGGCGUUCUACCACAUCUAUCGAUAUUGUCGCUGCGGUAAAGAAAGCAUACUUCAGUGCACAAGACACCACGCGAAUCAAGGCAUUGCUUAUGGCCAAUCCACACAAUCCGACUGGACACUGCUACUCCGCAUCUGUGAUCCGUGAGCUGAUGGUGUUCUGUAAAGACAAUGGAUUGCAUUAUAUAUCGGAUGAGAUAUUUGCUAUGUCUUCUUUCAGAAGAGAGGAAGAGGGCCAGUUUACCUCCACACUUUCACUCAUUAGUGACAAUAAAGAAAGCCCUAUGGAUCCGAGUCGUCUACAUGUGAUCUACAGCAUGAGUAAAGACUGGGGAUCACCAGGUCUAAGAAUGGCCUGCCUCGUUUCUCCACGUAAUCGUCCUGUUCUCGAAGGCAGUUGGAUCUCCAACUACAUGCAGACGUCCAAUCUAAAUAAUCUUUGUGUCAUGGCUCUCUUCCACUCUCCCAGCCUUCCAUCUAUUAUUAAUUCUCUCAAACAUCAACUCACACGUAACUACGGAUGGCUUACGGAAGCACUGAAUAGAUGGGAGAUCGAAUACAUACCUACUCAUGCUGGAUUUCAUGUCUUUGCAAGGUUAGCUAAAAAUGCGCAAAGUUGGGGCGAUGAAGCUGCAGUUGUUAAACAAUUAUUUGAUGCAGGUGUCAUGGUGGUUCCUGGCAAGAAUUUCGGAGGUGUUGAUGGAGAAUUCGGCUGGGUUCGUCUAUCGUUCUCAAUUGAAGAGAAGAAAUUGCGGGAUGGAUUAUGGAGAAUUGGGCAGACUUUAGGCUUCGAAAGCAAUAGGGAAAGGAUUCAAUAGGUCUUUUAUGGUGUUUAAACUAUGGAUUAUUUGAUUGGUUAAUAUUGAAAUUCGCUAUAUAGAAGGCUUCACGACAGUACCCAGAUUUGUAUGCUCCAAUUGAAAACUGA